AUGAUCACCAACGAAGCAAAUUGGAUCCCUGGGAAGAAAAGUGUGUUUUCGUUGGCUAUGCUCAUCAUCAGAAAGGCUAUCGAUGUUAUCACUCUUCAAGUCAGAAGCAGCACAUACGGAGAAUUUAGAAUCAAACCCUUCGAAGAUUCUAGAAUUUUUUUCUGCCUCAAAGUGACCAGUCGACCCCUUAAAACAAUCGGUCGCACACCUUUAUUCCUUCACGGGAGGAGCCUCUGCUUCAAAACGGUCGGUCGACUCCUCCAAGCAAUCGGUCUCCCCUAG